UUUUUUUUUGUUUUAUAUUUAUCAAUUAACAAACAACAACAAUAAUGAGCUACCGCGGAAACCAAGAUAUCUCUCACGCUGAAGCUGCACUCGGUGCUGGUCGUCCUUAUGAAAAGAGCAAUGAAGGUCACAACCAAAUGUUUGAUAGCAUGAAGGAAUUGGAAGCUCAUCAUGCUAAGCACACUGGUCAUCCUCCUGGCAAGCAAUCAAGAGGUGAAAGAAUUGAUCAAGAAUUAGCCGAAGAAGACAAACAAACCAUUGAAAAGAAGAACCAAGCUCACAUGCAAAGCGAACAAGCUCAUGCCAAGCCCAGACACGAAUAAAUAAUAAACUGUUUAUAUAUGAUUUUGUAAAUAAAAUAACUUUUUGACAAGAUUUAUGCAAGUAA